AUGGCCACACCACCGAGCACAGUCUUCUCCUCACCCAUCGUGACGGUCCUCGUCGGCCCUGGAAAAGCCCCGUACAGCGUCCACAAGGACGUUCUGGUCCAAGCAAGUCCCUUCUUCGCGGAUCGUCUGGCCCAAGGCACGGCUAACAACUCCACAACCAACGAAGUCACCUUUCCCGAUCCUGAUGUCACCCGUGAGCCCUUCAUCAGUUUCAUCUACUGGGCAUACUACGGCACCAUAGACCCGAGACAGCUGAAUGUCUUCGGCUCGGUCUGGCUCAAACACUCUUGGUUGCUGGCAUACAAGCUCCGCAUGCCGCAAUGGCAGAAUCGCAUCAUCGACGCUCUGAUCGACACCUGCUGGAAGAAGAGACGGGUCGAAAUCAGCGAACUCGCCUGGUUGGUCAACCAUGUACCUAGACACAGCAACCUGUUCAGACUUGCUUUGGACCAAUUUGCCUACGACAUCUCCGACAAAGGCGUCAAGUACGAUGACAAGGAGCUGAAGAGGCUGUUCGACACUUCUUCAUUCUCAAUCUGUGACAUCUUGCGUACCAUUGCCGGCAUCGCGAAGAGCGAGGAGCCCAUAGCAGACCGUAAGAGGUACUAUGAACCCGAGAAGGCUGAGAAGGUUGAGGAAAAGAAAAAGAGAAAAACGGAAGACACUCAACCUUCCGAGGGUACUACGAUCAAACGGCCCAAGUCAGACUGA